AUGGAGCCUCCUAAGACUUUUGAGGUGUCUCGCUCGCGGUCUAGGAAAUGGGACCUGGAGGUGAAGAGCAUAAGCCGUGACGGGCAGGACUGCGUCGGUGCCUGCCAUUGGGUGUUCAAGUCAACAUCUCGAUCGAUCCCAACGGACCUCGAAAGUCGCAGUCUGCCGCUGGAUCCUGUGGAGCUCUGGAACAAGACCAGGAGUGUGGAUGCGGACUCCCGGCCCAGCUGGUCAGUUCCCUCUGCUCGGCCUUGUGCCCUGGAGCAGUGGAGGGACAAAGCUCCAGCAAAGCUGGAGUCGAAGCAGCUACUUCCGGGGCCGAGCUUCUGGCAAUCGCAUGGCAACGGCCAGGGCCGCUACGGCUUCAAGGUUGGAUCGAAGAGGCAGAUGGCGAGAUGGCGCAUCCUAUACCAGCAGCUUAAGUUCCUUGGGACUUUGGAGGAGGAGCAGAUCCGUGGACGGCACAGCGGGCCAAAGUUCAGCCCAACUGCGACCAAGAAGCUGCGUGACCUCACGACUGUCAUUCUGACAUCCCGGUAG